AUGGAGACGGUGGACGUGACCAUCAUCGGCGCAGGCUGGAGUGGCCUGGUCGCGCUCAAAACCUACCACCAAGUGCACCCCGAUGCCUCGAUCGUGCUCCUGGAAGGCGCCGACAGCGUCGGGGGCGUCUGGGCGCAACACCGGCUGUACGAGGGGCUGAAAUCGAACAACAUGCGCGGCACGUACGAGUUCAGCGACUUUCCGCUGGACGACUCGUUUGGCGUCGCGCCGGGCGAGCAUCUGCCCGGGACUGUGAUCCAGCGAUACCUGGCCAGCUACGUGAAGCACUUCGGGCUGGGGCCAUACAUCCGGUUGCGGCGUCGAGUGCGCAUCAUCCAGCACGAGCCCGACACCACCUGGACGUUGACCGUCGACCACCUCGACGACGAGGAUAAAUCGACCUCUGCCCUCCACACGCGCAAACUCAUCAUGGCAACCGGCAUGACUUCGCAGGCCUACCUGCCGACCUUCCGCGGCCAAGAAUCCUUCACGCCGCCGCUGUUGCACAUCAAAGACCUCCGCCACCACCAAGCUCAGAUCUUCGCUCCUCCUCCGUCUAAAGAGACACUAAAAGAACAAUCCAUCGUAAUCUUCGGUGCCACUAAAUCCGCCUGGGACGCAAUCUACGCGGCCAGCACUACGACCCCCUACCGCGUCGACUGGAUCAUCCGCUCAACCGGCCACGGGCCGACCUGGAUGGCGCCGGCCUACGUAACCCCCCUGAAGAUUUGGCUCGAGAAGCUCGUGACCACGCGGCUGCUGACCUGGUUCAGCCCGUGCAUCUGGGGAUCGGCAGACGGGUGCUCGACGACCCGCCGGCUGCUGCACGGCACCUGGCUGGGCCGGAAGAUCGUGGACGGGUUCUGGUGGGUGCUGCGCAACGACGUACUGACUCUGAACAACUACGCAGGCCACCCGGAAACAAAAAAAUUGAUGCCGUGGAUCAGCCCCUUCUGGAUCGCCAGCGGGCUGAGCAUCCUGAACUUUCCCACAGAUUUCUUCGAGCUGGUGCGCAGCGGCCGUGUGCGCGUGCAUGUCGACGAGCUGGCGGGUUUGCGCGGGGACACGGUGGAACUGGGCUCGGGGACGGUGAUCGAGAAUGUCAGGGCGUUGCUGUGUGCGACUGGGUGGAAGGCUAAACCCGAGGUACAGUUUGUGCCGGCUGAGCUGGAACAGGAGCUGGGGUUGCCCGAGGCGCGGGAUUGCGUGGCCCCGGAGGUGGUCAGGUUGGCCGAUCAGGAGAUCCGCAGGCGGUUCCCCAGGUUGCAGCGUCCUCCUAGGAUGGUCGAGGGAUACAAGCCCCUGGCGAAGGAUGCGCCCGCCGCCGCCAGUCAUCCCCUGCGCUUGACCCGGUUCAUGGUGCCCGUGGACGCCCAGCUGGCCAAGGAGCGCUCCAUCGCCUGGAUCGGCAUGACCAUGACCAUCAACACCCCCAUGGUGGCCCAGACCCAAGCACUGUGGGUGACGGCCUGGAUGAGCAAUAAACUCGCUGUCAAGAGCGCCGAGAAAUGUCCAGACCACGCCAGAGCACUGCUGCUCAAGCACCAGCCCGAUGCCGACCCCGAUCUCGUGUGGGAGACCACCCUGCACACGCAGUUCGGCGUGCACCGCUACCCCGGCGGCUUCGGCCGGCGCAACCCCGACUUCGUCUUCGAUGCCCUGCCCUAUAUCGACCUGCUGCUGCGCGACCUCGGACUCGACUACCGCAGAAAGGGCGGCAGGCUGCGCUGGCUCGAACCCUACGGCGUCGAGGACUACUGCGGCCUCGUCGAGGAAUGGAUGGUCGAUUAACUUCUCUACACCUAACCCUG